GGCACUCAUCGUCUCAAGCUGCCGCGGUUGUGCUGAAGCGGAGUGAAAGUGAAAAUGGCUUCGGGGAAAGCACGUAUUGGGCACCCAGCUCCUCACUUUAAGGCCACAGCAGUAAUGCCAGAUGGCCAGUUUAAAGACAUCAGCAUUUCUGACUACAAAGGGAAGUAUGUGGUGUUCUUCUUCUACCCGCUGGACUUCACGUUUGUGUGCCCUACUGAGAUCAUUGCCUUCAGUGACGCUGCAGAGGAGUUCAGGAAGAUCGGCUGCGAGGUCAUUGGUGCAUCUGUCGACUCUCACUUCUGCCAUCUUGCAUGGACCAACACACCUCGUAAGCAGGGCGGUCUGGGUGCCAUGAAGAUCCCUUUGGUUGCUGACACACUGCGUUCCAUCUCUACAGACUACGGAGUGCUGAAGGAAGACGAGGGCAUUGCUUAUAGGGGCCUUUUCAUCAUUGAUGACAAAGGCAUAUUGAGGCAAAUCACCAUCAACGACCUGCCUGUGGGACGCUCUGUUGAUGAGACCAUUCGUCUGGUGCAGGCCUUUCAGUUCACUGACAAACAUGGAGAAGUCUGCCCUGCUGGCUGGAAACCAGGAAGCGACACCAUCAAGCCUGAUGUCCAGAAGAGCAAAGAUUUCUUUUCCAAACAGAAAUAAGCCAACAGGGGUCUCCAGCCUGCUGUAGAACAACUACAAUACAUUUCAAGAGAACAAUGAAGAGCUGUAGUCUACCUCUGUGCCUGGGAACAGUAGAACAACGUCAUCAGCAUCCCCUUAUAUGUCAACUGUUUGGAUAGAGUGAAAAUGAUUAUGACCAGUGUAUGUUUUUUCUGUGGUAUUAUUUUUGUAUUAUCUGAGGACAUCAGCUAGUGCUCUUUUAAGACCGUCUGUGAAUGGAGGAACAACAUCUUUACAAUAAAGACUUCGGGAGAAAAUGUUAUUAGAUUAUUUUUUACAGUGAAUACCCAACUACAAAACGUCCUUAAAUCGUGUAGCUAAAUAAAACUUUUACAGAGAAAAACUUCUAACUUGAUUGCCAUGAGUUAUAGGAAAAAAACACGUUGUGUAUUACGUGGUGAAAUUAAAACAAAUAUUUGAAUAC